AUGGAGCUCAUAACAUUCCUUCUCCGGGUGACCGCCUUCACUCUCUUUGCGGUCAUCCCAACCGUUCACGCUACCUACUAUGACAUCCCCUAUAAUAUGACUGCCGGUGAAACCUUCAACGUCACAAUCAAGCAGAACAUUGAUCCAAACUCUGAAAAUGGAAGAGCAACCGACUCUUAUCGUGUCUAUCUCGCCCUGACACCACCAGGAUGGGGCACAGGACCUGUUUGUUGGCUCCAGUAUCUAGUUCCUCGAGAUCAAACACAAGUCAACAUCACCAUUCCUCCCGACGUGGCUCCUAAGGGCACACGUAUCAGGCUUUCAACAUGUCUUACCAACUCAAAGAAUGGCAGGCGAGUCACGGGUUUUGAUUACAGCGGAAGGACAGAUAUGUCGGGGUUAAACGGAACUUGGAGCCAGGCGGAGUUGGACGGUCGGAGUACAGGCGACCAAGAUGAGGUUUCCUGCUCGGCUUAUGGUUGUGUUAGGGAUUGCUAUGAUCUGUACUACAAAGGAGACAAAGAUGAUGAAGAGUACAGCCGGAAGUCGUAUGCUUGCUGGAAGGCUUGUGCAAGAGAUUUGAAUCCAGCAAGCGCAGCAUCUUUGAAUGUCACUCCGGUUAAGAGCCUAUUAGGGGUAGGAGUUAUGGUUGGAUUCCUUCACUUGAUAGUUGGGGCACUAUAA